AUGACCAGCAUGUGCGGUCUAAAGGGGUACUCUGGAUUCAGCGUCUACUGCGCAACCAAGUUCGCUAUUGUGGGCUUCACGAAGGCGUUGGCGGUGGAGUUGGGACCGCGAGGGAUAAGGGUUAAUGCGGUUGCGCCAGGGCCGACGGAUACGCCUACGAUGGUGGGGAACGUUGAGGGAGAGGAGAAGAAUGAGGAGAUGGUCAAGGGGGUUGCGUUGGGGAGGUUGGGAAGGCCCGAGGAGGUUGCUGAUGUCGUGGGGUUUUUGUUUGGGGAUGAGGCGCGGAGGGAGGUGGUUAGGGUUAUGGUUGUGUUUAUGUUGGGGGGUUGUGGUUGGGGAUAG